AUGUAUGCGAGUUGAGAGGUUAUUGGAUAUGAUUUUGGAGAUGACUCAAAAAGUAGGCUUAAGCCAAUUAAGCCUAAUCCAAACAUAGAUGAAGGAUAGGCUUGGAUGAUUGUACUUUCGUCUUUCCUUGUGCACAUACUUAUCAUGGGGUCUCAAAUGGCCCUUGGAAUACUCAACAUGGAGUGGCUUGAAGAGUUUAAUCAAAGUCGUGACUUAACAGCACGGGUCAGCUCCCUCAGCAUGGGCAUUACACUUAUUGUAGGUCCUUUCAUUGGUUUGUUCAUCAGCACGUGUGGGUGCUGCAAGACUACUAUAAUUGGAAGGAUAUUGAAUGCCCUAGGUUGGAUACUGAGUGCCUAUGCCUCAAAUGUGCACUAUCUCUUCCUUUCAUUCGGAGUGACAGCCGGCAUUGGAAGUGGCAUGGUUUAUCUGCCUGCGGUGGUCAUGGUAGGGCAGUAUUUUCAGAAGAGAAGAGCACUUGGAAGUACCACAGGAACAGGUUUUGGAGCUUUCCUAAUGACUGUCUUGCUGAAGUAUCUCUGCACCAAGUUUGGUUGGAGGAAUGCCAUGUUCAUCCAGGGCACCAUCUCCUUGAACCUGUGUGUCUGUGGGGGACUUAUGAGACUACUGUCCCUCAAAGAUGUUGUUAGUGAAAAAUACAUUGUGAGAAGCAGUAGUGAAGAUAAUCAGGCAAAAGUUUUGUCCCAUUCUGCAGAGACUAUGAAAUCUAAUGGAGUCCUCAGUGAAGAACCAGAAAAGAAAGAGGAGACAACAAAUGAAGAAGUGCUUGACUGUGUUCAGCACAUAGAAAUUUGUGAUAAAUCUAGAAGCGGAAGGAAUAUGUACGGACUGCGUGUUCUUAAGAUAGUGAGCCAGCUGACAGUUACAGUCAGGAAGGGCUUUGCGAUAUGGUACUCCAGCUACUUUGGAGCUGCAUCACUGUUUACCAAUAGAGUAUUUGUGGCCUUUAUUAUUUGGGCUUUGUUUGCCUAUAGCAGCUUUGUCAUUCUCUUUAUUCAUCUUCUAGAAAUAGUCAAGCAGUACAACUUAUCUAGUCAGAACAAUGUAUUUCCUUUGACAUCCAUUAUAGCCAUUGUUCAUAUUUUUGGUAAAGUGAUCCUUGGAAUCAUCUCUGAUCUCCCAUGUAUCAGCAUGUGGAACGUAUUCCUCAUGGCUAACUUUACCCUGGUCACCUGCUUUCUUACUUUGCCACUAAUGCAAACAUAUGUGAGCCUGGCUGUGGUUUGUGCUCUAAUAGGAUUUUCUAGUGGCUAUUUUGCUCUAAUGCUUGUUGUGACUGAAGAUUUAGUUGGAACGAAACACCUCGCAAAUGUCUAUGGCGUCAUCAUUUGUGCCAACAGAAUAUCUGCAUUGCUUGGACCACCCUUUGCAGGUUGGAUCUAUGACAUCACAUAAAAAUACGAUUUUUCUUUU